AUGGAAAUGGAUAACCCGCUGGUGCGCGAGAAUCCCUUGCUCUCUCCGCUCGAGCAAGAGGUGUUGGACGAAUACACGAAACUGCUCGAGAACAUGAACAAGCUCUCCACGACCCUCAACGACCUCGCUGUUCAGCCUUCCUCUGAUACACUCGAUGCCCUGCGUGCGCUGGAACGGAAAACAGCCACGGUUUAUACCCUGCUGAAGGCGAGCGUGUACAGCAUUGUUCUGCAGCAGCAAAUAUAUAACGGCGGGGAUGAGGGGGAGACGGGAGAGAACUAG